AUGCUCCUCGAUCAGAAGGCACAAAAGCGAAAAGGGUCCGGACUGGAACGGGAGUUUGGGACGUCGGCGAUCAUUGGCGUGAAAGAGUUCAGCUCUCGAUCGGCCCGAUGUAAAUCAGUCACUGUUUGGAAAAAGGAGCGAUUUCAAUCUCGACCAGCUGCUUUUAGACUCCGAUGCCAAGAGAGCAUCGGAGACUGUGGUGGAGCGGACUCACGAUGCCGUACUACUGUACAUUUGUACGGCACGCAUGAGCCAUGGAUCUUCAGAAGCCGCACAGCAAGCUGUGCACGACCUACGGUGCUUGUUCACGCAUGA